AUCAGUCAUCGGGGCGCCUACGAUUUGGCGCAUUUGUGAGAGUUUAUUGGUUGGAAUUAUUUACCAACUAAAGCAUAAAAUUGAUUGAAACGUACUUAAAUACUACAUCGCCAAGCGACAGACAAGGCAAAGUUGAAGUAAUUUGUCUUUAUUUGAGCUUAUAAAACAACACUAGGGCGAACUAUGGGCAAACAGAGCAGCAAACUUUCACCCGAGGAAAUCGACGAUUUGGUAGACAAAACGGGCUUUACGGCCAAGGAGAUCAAAGAAUGGUACAAAGGGUUUCUCCGUGACUGCCCGUCGGGAAAGUUGAACAAAGAGGAGUUCCAGAAUGUGUACGCAAACUUCUUUCCGAACGGAGAUGCUCGGAAAUUUGCCGAGCAUGUUUUUCGGACUUACGACAAAAACAACGACGGCAGCAUUGACUUCCGUGAAUUUCUGUGUGCGCUGAGUGUGACGUCACACGGAACUAUGGAAGAGAAAUUGAAGUGGGCGUUUGAGCUGUACGACCUGAACAAAGAUGGCACCAUCACCAAGGCUGAGAUGGUCGAACUAAUCACGGCGAUCUAUAAAAUGGUCUCGGAUGGUCAGGCUGAUCCGAUCACACCUGAAGACAGAGCCUCAGAGAUCUUCAAGAAGAUGGAUAAGAACUCCGACUCCCGACUGACGUUCGAUGAGUUCCUAGAAGGCGCCAAGCAGGAUCCGUCUCUGCUGCGGUUCCUCGAAUGCCAAAACUGAAUCACUACCCAGAUGAUAAAAAAGUUUUCAAAAGAUAUUACACUGGCAUAAAAAAAACGAUAUACUUCAAAAUAGGUGGCAAUUUUAAGAAACAUUUUCAAUAUGCAUGCAUUAGUUGAAACAACUUU